AAAGCAAAGUAAGAGAUGUGAUUAAAUCUUCUGUUUAGUAUGUUGGUUGUACUGGUCUGUGGAGGGCUAGGCGUGUUGUUUCAUGGUUGUUUAACUGAUGUUUGAAUCUAACUGCCUUGCAUCUCUGAGUUUUUGUUUACUAUGGCGAGAAAGACACCCAAGGAAAAUAAAGAGCCACCCAGUUACGAGUGGUUUACAGAUAUGAAUUUAAGUUUGGUGCCGUAUUGGUUUCUGGCCUUUCUACGUGUAGUUAUUACACUGCUACCACAGUAUGGUUACAUUCACCCAGACGAAUAUUUCCAAUCAGUGGAAAUUGUUGCAGGUGACAUGUUUGAUAUUGAAGUGACUCGUACAUGGGAAUUCAACACAACUUUUCCAAUUCGCAGUAUCACGUUUAUAUACUUUGUUGUUGGAAUACCAUAUUCAUGUUUAAAAUAUAUAUCUCCAUUCAUGUCUUUGUGGUUUGACAUCAGUAUCAGAACACCCUAUAUGCUACUUGUAUUGCCUCGACUAUUUGCUUGUUUGUUAUCGUUUGUAUCAGACUAUUGUAUGUACAAAAUAUGUUACUUGUAUGGUCAGAAUUAUCGGGCGAGGUUGUUGACUCUUGCCAGUUCAUAUGUUACUUUGGUCUAUGGGACAAGGACCUUCACUAAUACCGCUGAAAUGGCAUUAAACUCUCUGCUGUUAUACGUUGUAGCCUACUGCAUGUGUCAUUCAGAUCAGGUGAUCAUUCAGGAUGAAUAUCUGAGCGAGAAGUACAAUGCGGCUGGGACUCCUGUCGAGAGAGUGAAAUUUUACAAGUUACGAAGUGCUCUGCCACAACAUUCCUUAAGCUUGUGCUUUGUUGUUGCAACAAUCACAGUCAUUGGGGUCUUUAAUCGACCUACUUUCCUUGCUUUUGCCUUUCCGUCUGUCUUCUUCUGGCUGCAGAGAGGCCUUGGGUCAAAAAUAAUUGGUCUUGGUGACUUCCACCUUCGCAUUCUGAUUUUUACACUUUCUGGGAUCCCAGCCACAGUAAUAUUUAUACUCAUCGACUCAUUUUAUUAUGGCUACUUAACAAUGAGCGAGAUUCAGGAAAUGAAAGUCAGUCUGAAUAAUUUUGUGGUGACUCCACUCAACUUCUUAAAGUAUAACAUGAACGCUAACAAUCUGUCCGAACACGGCCUUCAUCCAAGAUGCCUUCAUUUCUUGGUGAACAUUCCGUUGUUGUAUAAUGUCCUUGGACUUAUGGGUCUUGGAGCUUUCCUUAGCAUAAUGUACAGAGGAAUAAGACGCAAGUUUAGUGACCUGCCUCGAGUUCAGAGCAUAAUUGGAUUGAUGACAUCAUCAUUUAUCAUUCCCAUAAUUAUACUGUCCAUGUUUCCACACCAGGAAGCCCGUUUCCUUAUUCCCGUGACUCUCCCCGUCAUCUUUCUUCAUGCCCAAAGAAUUCGCCACAUUUCCAACACAGAACAGUCGCAUCAUGAGAAUAGUACGACUUUCAAGGUAACAUUCUCACGAGGCUCAAGAGGAAGCGUGCUAUUGACACUGUGGUACUUUAUCAACAUUGUGCUCACUAUAUUCUUCGGAUUCCUCCAUCAGGGAGGCAUAUAUCCUCUUAGUACUCAUUUGGCAAGUGAGAUGCAAUUGAAACCACAGGUCAUGACCCUACAUUUGGUCACGAGCCACACAUAUUCUUUACCACUCUUCUUUCUCCAGCUCAGAAACUCCAAACGAUUGCUAUUCAGUAAGCAGACGGGGCGGAGAUACCGUCUUGCUCGACAGUUUUAUUCUUACGAAAUGGGUUCAGCUCCAUUGGAAGAUGUACAUAGGAAGCUGCAGACAUUGCUGGAAACAUAUGAACUAAAGAAAACUGAGAAAAGGUUGGACUAUCGUUUGUACCUUGCCCUUCCAGCAAGUCUUGUGGAGGAAUUUCAUAUAACUGCUCCCAAUUCAACAUCUGCCUUGCAGUAUUCAGUGGUGAAGGUAUUUUAUCCUCAUGUGUCUACUGAGGCUCUCCCAGAUGUAUUUCAUCUGUUAUCAGAUGAUUGUAUGAAUUCUAACACUGAAAAAUAUUGUGAAAGGGAGAAAUUCUAUACGUCACCAUUUAAAUUUUUCUCAAGGUUUGUGCAACAGUUUGGUUUAACAUUAGUUAGAAUUCAGAGGUAAUAAAUUUAGAGCAACUCUUUGUAAAAAUAUAUUUGUAAGUCUGAUGAAUGAAAAUCUGUACCUCACUGUAA